UGUGUAUACAAACGUUUGUUUGUAUUCACUGUCCCAGUCGGUUUUGACAAUAGUGGCAAUCUAAAUGUGCAAUGCGCCUUCCGUUGGUUAUCUCAGUAAUAGUUGAUGUAGUAGUUUCGUCUGCACUUAAUAUAAAAGAAGUUGAUGUGGAUGGAAAUUAUUAUGUGCAGUGGGGAGAUAACUUGGCCCUUACCUGUGCACAGGAUACUCCGCCAUUCGGAAAAGCUAGCAUUGAUUGGUUUCUCCCUUCACAACUAAACAGACCUGUUGGAUAUGGAAAUAAAGCUCAUGUUUACCGACAAGACCAGUUGGAUUCUAUGGUAUUGGUUUUAGUUGUCCGAUCUGUGAUUACAGAUGAUUCCGGAACGUAUGUUUGCCGUACAGGAAGACAGGAGGGAAAUCAGUUUAUUGAAAUGGGUCGUAAAAGUGUCAAUGUCAUAGUAAGGAAGAGCAUCGUGGCUACAGACUGUCCGAGAGAUCAAUGGAUUCCUGUAUUAGAAGAGAAUACAAAUUGUUGGGGCAGCGGUACAGACUGUGGGGGACCUACUGCUACAGUUCGAUGCAUAGUCGAGGCCUUUCCUGCACCUACAAUUCACUGGCGUUUCAAAGGUGUUCAGCUAACUACAGGUGCUAAAUAUAUCAUAACAACUUUUGGGAUAACAAUUAUCAACCCAACAACUGAAGAUUCUGGUAUAUAUACGGUGAUUGCCAGACAACCACAACAAACUGCUGUCUUCGAUUUGCAAAUUUCUGCAUUCAGCCGUCCACGUAUAACUUCGGGUCCAUCAAUCGUUAGGACAUACAACAAUACUUUUGUAUCUGGCAGAGAAGCAUAUCUUCAGUGUUUAGCGUCUGGUCAGCCCCCACCUACUAUCCAUUGGUAUCAUGAACGAGACCCGCAAACAGAAUUACAAAAAGCAAAUCCUAAAAGGUUUUCAGUGAAUACAAAUUUUCGUGUUGGUCUACUGUGGAUUUCAGAGGUAUCUUAUCCUGAGGAUUCAGGCAUCUAUAUAUGCCGAGCUGUUAUUCCUGUUCCUGCAACGUAUUCUGGUUCCACUUUAGUGACAAUAACUGAAGCCCAGAUACCUAUCGAAGUUACACUUCCUCCCACAUUAAUACCACUCACAACUAUGCAUAGUUACGUAGAACUGGGAGGUACUGCUACCGUGCAAUGCCGAGUACGUGCUACAACGCCAUUGGAAUUAUAUUUCAAGCGUUUUAAUUCAAGCACGUCUUACAUAAGCGGUGUCCAACCUGGUGAUAAACGUAUUCGUGUGUGGAGAGAAAAUGAUGUGAAUGAUCCAUUGAAUCAUGACUUAUUUUUAACAAUUAAAAAUACGACUUUAGACGAUACAUGGAACUAUAGUUGUCAUGCAGUUAAUCAAGGUAAUUCUUCUUGGUGGAAUACAACAAUUCAAGUGAUGCAAACACCCCAAAUCUUGUUACAUUCAACUUUAAAUACAGAUAGUGAACUAAGUGGAUUAAGAUUUGGUUGGCGGUAUCAAGGAACCAAUGUAACUUGUAUAUCACGUGGAAUGCCACAUCCAACAUGGACUUGGUAUCGUCGUGGUGAGCAAAUAUUAAAUGGACAAAAUUCGACAUUUGUAAUAAUUAGUUAUGAUUAUUGGGAUCAUAGUCAAUCAUGGCUCCAAAUUACACCUUGUUUAUACACGGAACAUUUCAUAUAUGAUAAUUAUGUAUGCAAGGCGACAAAUAUCAAAGGGACAAACGAGAGUAAGGUGAGCUUUCGACGGGCUUCCGUACCUGGACAACCGAGAUUAGAAAGCUAUUCAGUCACACAGUCAACGAUAUUUUUUAAUGUUAGUCCUCCUAUUAACACUGGAGGUAUGGCGACUUUAGCAUACGAAUUAACUUAUAGAGCUUUUGGUGGGCCUGAAGGAUGGUAUGGCCCUGUUACAUAUCCAUUAGAUGGGUCAAGAAGUUCUGGUAAGCCAAAGUUCGAAUUGACUGGUUUACUUGGUGAUACUAAUUAUCAGCUAAAGUUAUUGGCACGUAGCAUUGUUGGACAAGGUAUACCGUACAGUUUUUCAAUCACCACGGCUUCUAGUACUCGUCCAGGUCCUGUCGAGGUUAUUCACUCAGCAACUGGAAUUUAUUCAUAUGGACAUGUAGUAAAUUGGAUUCCACCAAUGAGUGGUGGCUCUCCUAUUCUGGGCUAUAGAAUUCGUGUUCGAUCUGUCGACAAUGACUUGAAUUUAAUUAGUAUGGUAGAAAAUAUUUCACCGUCUAGCUCGUGGAAAGUGUAUACACCAUCGUUCAAUAAUCCUUAUAUGAAUUAUUAUCAUUUGGCUCCAUUGAAACCAGAUCAAACAUAUCAAUUAAUUGUAGAAGCUUAUAAUCGCCAUGGUUACUCUCUAGAUGGUGUUGAUAUUAAACAAUAUGGUUAUUUAAAUCGCACACCGACAUCAACACCUCAACUUCAACAAAUAUUUCCCGGUGAAAGAUUAAAUUAUCAAAAUUCUGAUAUAUUAUUAAAUCCUAUUAAUUCUUUAAUGAAUUUCAAACAGUCUGAUCUUGUUCCUAUAUGGUAUUUAUUUGAGACACCACCAGCUGAUGAAUUAGAUUCUCCAUCGCUUAUAUUCAGCCAAAGUUCAUCUAUAUAUAACUCCCAUCAAAUUAUUUUAUUACUGGGAAUUCAUACUUUCAUUGCAUAUAUAUUCUAUUAAGCAAUAAGUCACUUGUCAUACAUUAUCCCAGUUGUUUAUCAGUUGUGGUAAGGCAACUCAAACUGAUGUACGUACGUACGAAGUCCUACGUUGUUACUGACUGACUGUUUAUCAGUAAUUUUUAUUCAAUAUUUUGUAUUCAGAUAAAACUUUUUUGUUGAAUAAUUCUUUGGAAUAACUAUUUUAUGGCAGCUUUUGCAUACAGGUAACUAAUUUUGGCAUUUACAAUUUAAUUUACGCUUAAUCUAUUAUCCUUAUUUUGUUUUCUUUUUAAAUGUAUUUAUCUUUACUGCAUGUAUUAUAUUCAGUACUUUUCUAUGACGUUUAAUCAUUGAUUGAAAUAAAUUUUUAUUGCUCAAAAAUAUUUAAUUGAAUUUUAAUAAUUAUCGUCAUGAUUCUUCAUUGUUUUUUAUUCAUAAUCUCUUGUUGAACAGAUGGUUUCUAAGUUGAUGGUGUGAAUCAAUGGUUUGCGUGAUUUCCUUACAAGUUCUAAUAAUAAUAAUAAUAAUUAUUAUUAUCAUCAUCAUCAUUAUUUUCAUCCCAUUUUUCUUGUUUUUUUUUCAAUUUUCUCUAAUAAUAAUAAUAAUAAUAAUUUUCGUCAACGUUAUUAUUUAGUUCUAUUCAAUUUGUGUGUAUUUGAAAUUAGUUAGACAAUAGUUGAAUAAUAAGGAGCACUAAAGAAACUGUUGACUAAGUACUACUAUAAGGUUUGGAAUAGGUAUCACUUAUAGGGGGAAUAUCUUGAAUUGAAUAAUAGUGGCACUGUCAAGCAAUAGGUCUUUAAUUUGGUUAUCUAAAAGAAUCCAUUCGCUGUUAUAUCUAAAUGUCCUGGAUUCAAUCCCUGGAGUGGGGAUAGUCCUUUCCUAGAUCAAAAAAGCUGUUCACCGUUCUUUUUUUAGUAGUUGUUAGUUUUGUAAGCUAUUCAUUAAGUUCACUAUUCUCCAGAUCUCCACGGUGUUUAUCUUGUUCGGAGUAAUUUAGCAAGAUUCUAGGUCAGAAAGAUAUCAUUCAGAAGUGAAAAAACCAAUAGUUAUACAAAUAAAUAGCACUGGGAAAUGGGUGUACAAAGCCGUGAAUUUAUACGAAUAAAAACC